AUGAGUGAAGAGGUAUGGAGUGGCAAUGAGGGCACGCUGUCCGUGUACGUGUCGAAGGCGCGGGAUCUUCCGAACCUGACGAAGUUGGACAAGCAGAACGUGAUGCUUCGGCUGCGGGUGGCGCACAUGACGAGGGAGUCCGACGUGCUGUUCCGUGCUGGGCAGAACCCUGUGUUUGACUACUUGGAGAAGUUUGAGAUCACGCCGGGCGUGCGCCCGCUGAUGUACGUCGAGGUGUACUGUGACCGGAGGAAGAAACCGCCGCUGCCGAUCGGGCGGUGCGAGGUGGACUUGCUGAAUGGGAUCCGUGCGGACCCGAGGGACGGGUACUGUACGUGGUACGAUCUGCGAAGGGACGGGAACGAGUUCGCGGGAACAGUGUUUGUGGAAUUGAGUUUCAAGCCGUUGCCCAGGACUGCGUCGCGAGGUGGUGCAUCUGGGCAAAUGGAUGAGCGGAUGGUGGAACGACCGAUCCCGCCGCUCCCCACAGAUCUGGCGUCCUUGCACUUGGGCCCGGAGGGCCCGGGGCGCUCAGUCCCAUCACAAUCCGGUGGUUACAUGCACCUCUCUGAGAUGCGGCAAGUGACGCCGAGUGUCAACCGAGACGUCUGGGCUGCUGGUAGCAUAGGAGCAGCAAGCACCCCCGCGAGCAAUUACUCUCCUCCACGGUUCGACACGUCGACGGCGACAUCAGCGACAUCUGCAUCGGAGGACACGCGGUUCCAUUUCGCCAACUUGAAGAAGUUGAAGCAGCGGAUCGACGUGUUCCGGAACCCGCAGUCCUCUGCGGACGGCGGCGGAGGUAGUGGUACCAGUACCUCUGGGUCUACUGACGGCGGUGUAGACAUCGCAGCACUCGAGAAGGCCAUUGGUGUCACUGCAGGACGCCACGACGACGACGAUGCAUCGCUGCCGGGCGACGUGCGGAACCCAAGUAAGUUCGAGACGCAGCCACCGCUUCCGGCGCUCCCCAGCAGUGCCAGUGCCAGUACAAGUAGCAACAGGGGACCUGCGCUGCCGUUGCUCCCGCGCUCGUCGCCGAGAAGACCGGCGCCGCCAGGGACAGUCCACCAUGGGUAG